AUGUGGAACAGCAAGUUGCGCGAGGAAGCAGCAGACGAAGAGUGUGAGGACUGGCAUAUCGACCUCACCUUUGACCCUAUCACCGAGGAAGACAAGAAGGUCAAGAGAAUAUUUGAAGAGGCCGCUGGGGAGGAGUACGUGCGCUUUGCCCACGACCCAGUGUAUCCUCUGGCUCGCCGACCGUUUCAAUUUGGUAUGACAGGUAUCCACGGAAAUGUAGCAAAUGCCGAAUCUGACAAGCUGUUGGAAUACUGGGAAACCCUCAACAAAACAACGAAACAGGUUGCUAGCAGGUUCACAGAAAGCAUGGAGAGCGUGGACAUGGAACCUACUCAUCAGCAACCUGAUCAUCCCUCAUCGGAGGAGACAGCCUCAAACUUCGAAGCGGGGCCAAAAAGGUGGCUGAGAAGAGUCAAGGAGAGGACCCAGCGUUUCAUUAGCAUAUGA